AUGAAACAAAAUGAUGAUGAAGAAGAAUCAACCAUUAAAUUACUAGUAGACAACAAUUGUAGCAAUGAUCCGUUUAUCAACAUUAUUACCGACAAUGUAUUAUACUAUAUUUCUGGUUAUAUAGUUAAAAAACUUAUUCCGGUUUUGCAGUGUCCAUAUGACAUUAAGGCAUUAUUUGAUACAUCAAAUAACACCAAUUUCCAUGAUUAUUGUCAACAAAAUAAAAAAGCAUUUAAUAAUUUGACAAAUGUAAAAAGUCGAGGAGGCCUUCAACUAGCAUCUGAAAGUAUUUUAAAAAUUGUCAAACAAACUGAACAAUACUUUAAGUGUAUAGCUAUUGACAAAAGGCAAUUAUUUAUAAAAAAUAUGGAUCAAAAAAUAAUGAUAAUGGUUCAAAACUCACUUGCAUUAUGUACAAAUAUACUUCCAGAAACAAAUACAUGUUUUGAAGACACUGAUAUGCAUUCACGUCCUCACAAGAUAAAUAUUAUUAACCUAGUAAGCCGUAUGUAUUUAAAUAUUCGUAUACACUCUUACAGCAAAAUUUUAAGUUCUUCUAUUAUGAAAACUUCGGUCAACAAAAGACAAAAGUUACACAAAUCAAUUUUGUUUAAUAAUUUGUAA